AUGGAGGUCAAAUCAACAAAAAAGAAAACAUUUAGGAAAUUGUUUAAUCACAAGGAAACUCAUCUAGUGAAAUUCGAAACACCUUCCCCAAGCACCGCAUUGCCGCACACUUUUGUGGACGAUGUCACGCUACCGCUGUGUCGUAAGCGGCACAGUUUGACGGGCCACGAGAAGGACCAGUGCUGUCCCCAGCGUCCUGUUCGGGAGUGCCAAUCUCUCUGCAUUCCAGUGGCAGCGGAGCAGACUUUCUUCAAUGACUUAAGGCUGAUUGGGCUAUCAAGUCAAGCUAAAGUUUCACUUCAGGAGGAACACAAAUCUACAACUUCACCACCGGAAAACAUGCAUUCACAGACUCCUUCGAAUGGAACUCCAACACGACUGCCACUUCACUCCACUCUUUUACCCGCCACCAUGCAGAUGGGCGUGAAUGGUGAGCGUCACCUGAUCCUCCACUACCCCGACGGGCACACUAUGGCUGCAACGGCCUUUCCCAAUCAUCCAGGCCACUUCCAUCUAGUACCCAUGCACCACCAAUCACAGCAAAACCACGCUCCUCUACGCCUUGUGCAGACCGUACCUGAUAUCUCGCAUUUUAAGAGGCAGCCCCCAGUUUCGAAUUCCGAAGUUCAAACAAAUUCGAUAAAGAAGAAGCCAGGACAGAAGGUGGAGCUAGUCUGUACCUGUCCUCCGGAGUUGCACCAGGGUGACGAGGAGGUAGCAAGACGACUUAAGAGCAGCGUCCACGGUUCUCUGCCCUGCAUGGGAUGGGCCAACUUGGCGAUCCAAACUGACCAAAAGAAUUCGCCUAGUGGAGAGAGUAGCGAGACCUUUCAGGAAUCCGACUCCUCGGGUGGCAGUGGCCAUGCGAAUGCGUUCCCCUCCCUUCGAAAGGGCAUAGUGCCUCCUGACGUGCUCCUUGCGUCAGUACUGAAUGAACAAAUAAAACGACCCACCAAACCGCCUCAGACGCUGGAAGAGGCACAGCACCGAAUAGCCUACAUGGAGAACCAAUUAGCUCAGCUAACUGCCUGGGCUCAGGCGGUACAGACCCAGGGCGGUUUGGAGGAUUGCUCAGACCCGCCAAGUGGAACAAAGAACCACCCAGUGAAGGUUACGUGCCCCUCAGGAAAAAGACUGAACAGCGUCAUCCCCAGCAUCCCUGAGGUCAAUUGCACCGCCACUCACUGCGGGGCAACCAAUAAAUGUUUCACUGAGGAGGAACGGACUCCCCGUUUUCCAGCUCCUUUGUCCAAACAACAACGUCUCUUGGAGGCCUACAGGGGGCUCAAAGACCUCCGUCUCAACCUAGACGGACUUAAGCAGAUCCAUGCUGCAAAUUCCCGACAAAUGCAUGUCCUCACAAAUACCGUAAUGGAUGAAAUGAUUUUUCUGCUCAAAACGUCCUACCUCAAAGGUAUGACACCCGUGAGGUCAGCCCAACUAGCCCUUGAUAGCCACAUAGCUGAUUACAAAUCUGGCUACAAGGAAGUCGAGACGUGGCUGGCGGAUCUCGGGUCCUGCAUUGAGGAGUUGCGAGUGGACGCUCUAAAUCGACGAUGCCGUGUUUCCGUUUCUGAAGUGGAGGCGUACGCUCUCCACCUCAGUCGACUCAGUCAAAAACUGGCUUCCUUUAAAGGUCAGAUUCCAGAACUUUGCAGCGCUUCAACCUUACUGGCUCUCGCAAACGAUGCAGAAGUCAAGUCUCUAAACGUACUUCUCACUGGCGAGCCUAAGCGGCUUGAUGCGGCAUUGUCAACUUGCAGGCAACUCACAUGCACACUUUUCACCCUUAAACGGCUGGCGGCUGUGCAGGAAAACGGGAUCAGCGUUAACGUUCCCACAUUCCGAACAAUUAGAGAUCCCCGACCUGAAGACAAGAAACUCUACCUGCAACAAAUAUCCAAAAUUGUCCCUAACCACGAGGCUAGAAUGAUGGGCUUGGCAUGCCACGAGAAGACCCGUAAACGACGAAUUAGACUGGUUUCGCUCAGGGACUCGACUGACAUGGAAAAGUCUAUGGAGCAAUCCGAGGAUAAUCUGCAAAGUAUUCUUCGCCGUGUUAAUGAGCUAAGCCUUCAACUUCUCCCUCCGUGUUCAGAACAGUCCGGGGAAGAAGAGCCGACCCAAAUUCCUCCCUCGCUUUCCCUUUCCUCGAAAAAUGCGAUUGAGUCUCGGAUGUGCCCUAUCCACCAGGAUUCUGUCAAGGUGGCUGAAGAGUGUCAUAACUUUUGCGAAACGCAGCCACCCAUGAAACCGCGCGGAAAAGCUGAUGGCGAGGGUUCAAGCCCUUCGUCAGAUCCGAGCACCGAUAAUUCGCAUCAACCUCCUUCUCAGUCCUCGCGCGGUCCCCGCCGCGCACACGUGGUUUUUUCGCGCACUGUCCUGGUUGACGCGGGGCGGGAGACGAUGCGCCUCAACUGUCCCUCGGACAUGGACGACGACCACUUCGACGACACCGGAGACACGGGGAGUGAGGCAGACGAGCUCCACCCGUGGAGGAGGGAGCGGAUGAACAAGGGGAACAGGGUGGUCGAUAUCCAUCCGGGGCUACCGAGGAACGAGUACAUCAUUUGCGACGGACGCUGUGGUGCGCCAGCCUGCGCCCAAGGUUCCUGUUUGGCGAGGCAAAAGGGCUCAACAGGACCCGUGCUAAAGACCACAACGGCUUAUGGCUCCGCCUCAAACGAACGCACACAAAUUCUCAAUCAAAACCAGCGAAUAACAAUCGGUGAACUUGACUCAAGAUCGAUCGACAGUGAGGAGAGCGAGAAGCACCUAACCGAACCAACUUCAGUUCACGAAAUGCGCACCCACCACCAGUGCCGCCGCCUAAAUAACGCCAAUACUGGCUCCAUGACAAACUGA